AUGCAAUACCAGGUUCGUUCGUUUUUAAAUUUUCUUUUUCCACUUCUCAAAUUCCUAAUGAUCCAAUUUUAACAUUAGGCUUUUAAUCUUUUCUAAACCUAUUAAAAAAACUGAAAAAAAUUUUCGCUUUCUCGAUUCUUCGACAUGCUUUUUUCACAUCGUUUUCCAGAGCGUCAAAGCGAUUUCUCUUGUUUAUUUCCUCAAAAAAAAACCUCUAAACGCGUUCGAAAAGCGGAACGAAAUGCAUUAGAUGGAUCUUAUCAUCAAUAUACCCGGGAUUUUAAAAGAAACAAAAAACGACAGAGAGACCGACGGAAAAAGAAAGGAUUCUGCAUAUACUUGUAUAUUUCUUGAUGAACCUAGAAGAGAAGGGAAAAUGCUGGAAAAUUGAGCAAAGCCCAGUUAACAGAAAAAUCUUCCCAUUCAAAAAUUUGCACGACUGCUUCUCUACCAAAAAUAAAAUGUUUUCAGUGAUUUUUAUACGUGUCAAGACCCUUUCCCCAAUCGGCUUUACUCAGUAAUUAUAUUUUUCUAACCUUAACCACGGCAAAAAAUUUAAAAAAAAAAUGAGUUAGUACCUACAAGAAAGUUAGAAUGCAAAAUUAUUAAUACCGCAUUUGUUUCUUCAAUAUUUUCUCUCCUAUCACCUAACACUGAUAAAACAGCUUUCGAGAAAUUUUUCACAGAAACAUAUUUCAAAUUAGAGCGGUGACGUCAGUGCUUUUGGAAAGUGGUCCGCCCACAUUUUCCGACGUAACUCUUUGUUCAUUUCCUUUUUCUUUUUAGGCAAAAAAAAAACAUUCCUAAAAAAAAGCGAGUACACGUGGACUAUUUUUGAGAUGAAAGAAAUAUCCCAUAUUUUUGCAAAAAUGAAACUUUUUUCUUAUUUUGCUAGUCCCGUAAAACCUUUUCUGGGAAUAUUCUCAUUACAACAUGUUGAAAAAUGCUUUCUGAACUUUUGAAAGAGCUUCAAAACGAAGAUAUGUUCCCAUUGUUCAUUUAUAUCAUGAUAACCUUUUCUGUAAAGCUCAAGAAUUUUUGAACAUUUUGCUCUUGUUCGUGUAAAAAAGUUUCCAGUGCUUGAUAAAUGAUACUUUUUUUGUCCAAGGUGCUUCAAACUGUUAAAGAAGAACUCACAACGGUUAUCUAUAAUGCUUGGAAAACUCCAAAUUGCACACAAGAAAUAAACGGAAAUGGGAUUCGAGAUGGAAUUUUUUUUUUUGGGAAAAUGUAAAAGGUGAACAUCAGAGACAAUAUUUGAAUGUGCCAAUUUCCAAAAUUUUCCGACUCCUUUUCACUAAAUUCCAUGAAUUCCCUCCGUGAAUCCCAGAGCAAUCGCUCCUGAAACGAUGGAUACAGAAGAGCCGUCACCUCCACGCUAUUAUUCCGUUGCCUCAGGGCAAAAAUCGAGAGAGAGAAAGAGAAGAGAGACGUGAAGAAGGAAAGAGCGCCACGUGUGGCCUGCGUCUUUGCCUGAGCGAGUGUGGCGCGGUUAGGGUCGCCGUUCCUCGCGGAAUAACCACAGAGGCUCACGCGCGAAACGAAACCGAGAGAGACAGGCGCCGACUCGGUCGCCUCCACAGCACGAGACGACGAGAGAAGGCAAAAGGGACAGCCGACUGGCCCCAGGGCGACUACUUCCAGCCAGAAGAGCCGUCGUCGCUUCGGGAAGCCGAAGCCGAAGCCCUACUUGCUCCUCACACGACGUCACUGCAUGA